UUUAAUCCCCAGUGCUGGGGAGCCACCAGAACCUUUCCUCCACUGACAUUGCAGGUUGCAGUGAGCACCACAUCCCAGUGUUCCCUUUUCUCUCCAUUGGCAUGAAAUUUGCAUGACUCCACCCACUACCUCUCCCUUAACCCUUUCCUAUUCUUUCCUAUGGCACACAGCAAAUGGGAAUUGAUCAGCAACUGAACAUACUGAACAGGGAGUUGUAGUUCAUCUGUAUUCAGAGAACACUGAACACAGCAGAUGACAGAUCUGGACCAAAUUUGGCACACAGACCCAAGAUGGCCAGCUGUGAAUACUGGUGGAAUUUGGGGAGGAUUGACCUAAGAUUUUUGGGAAUUGCAGUUCCCCCACAUCCUUAUGCAUUUUCUAAUGGGAACAUUCAUACAAAACAAAAGCGGAGACUUGAUUUUUUUCCUAAGAAAAAGCAUAACAUAUGACCAAACUGGUAUUACCUAACAUCCAAAAAAACAAUCCCCUUUUCAAAUAACCAGGCACUGCCGGGUUCCCAAGCUAGUAGUGAAUAAAGAACAACAUUUUUUUUAAAAGGGAAUUCCAGACAUGAAACAAUCAGUGCCAGUUAACACCUCCCAACAAAGAAUUCCUCCAGGCAAGAAGCAGCCAGGCUUUGAAUCUGCAAGGUCAUUAAAUGCUAACCAAUAUGAUCUAUUGCAACAUUCACACUUGCCUCAAGCAUACAAGAGUUCUACAGAUAUAUAAAACCCACUUGCCGAGUUUCCAACAGACUUCACAACUUCUGAGGAUGCCUGCCGUAGAUGUGGGUGAAACAUCAGAAGAGAAUGCUUCUGGAACGUGGCCAUGCAGCCUGGAAAACUCACAACAACCGAGUUAUUUGGUGAACAUCUUGCCCGUUUUCUUCAUACUGGCCUUCCAGUACUAGCAGCAAAAGAGCUUCUGGUGAAGCUUAGGAAGAAAACUGGUUACUCAUAUGUGAACUGUAAGAAAGCCUUGGAAAAAUUUGAUGAUGACCUUAAAGAGGCUGAAAUCUGGCUGCAUGAACAAGCCCAAAAGGAGGGAUGGAGCAAAGCUUCCAAACUGCAAGGGAGGAAGACGAAGGAAGGGCUGAUAGGGCUGCUACAGGAGGGGAACUCGGCUGUGAUGGUGGAGGUAAACUGUGAAACAGACUUUGUGGCCCGAAAUGCCAGGUUUCAACACCUUGUUCAACAAGCAGCAAUUGGAACAAUGCACCAUUAUCAGGGGACCAUGAACCAGUUAAACACAUAUGCGAAGUGUUUGUUAAAAUCGAAUGAGCUUUCUCAACUGAAGAUUGGACCAGAUGGAUCCUUACUUAGCGACCAACUGGCUUUGGCUAUUGGCAAACUGGGUGAGAACAUGGUUAUCAAGAGGGCGGUGUGGGUGUCAGUGCCAGAGAACAACUUCAUCGGCUCUUACGUACAUGGAGCUCCCCCAGAUGGAAAUCCUCUGCUGUCUCAUAUAAUGUUUGGCAAAUAUGGUGCCUUGGUGAUCUGUAGCCCCUCUGAGCAAUGUCCCAAGUCAAACUUUCCUGAGCUUGGCUGGAGGCUGGGCCAGCAUGUGGUGGGCAUGGCUCCCCUCUCUGUCGGCUCUAUGGAGGAUGAACCCGGGGGAGAUUCUGAAACAAAGAUGCUUCCACAGCCCUUCCUCCUGGACCCCACAAUUUCCUUGGGACAGUAUAUUCACCCAAGAGGCGUAUCUGUGCUGGACUUCGUGAGGUUUGAAUGUGGAGAAGAUACAGAAUCAUUGGAGUCAGAAUAGGCAAUUUUUUCCACUGAAAAGGUGAACUGUUCCCUCUUCAACUUGGGACUUGGUGUGGUUAGCAGAUGUGGCUGGUAACAAAUGAUUCGUAAUAUUGGUUGUCUAGAGGAGUCAAUUGGCAAACAUAAAAUCUCUUUCCCAA